AUGAGCUCAGGUAUUCAGACUGGGCAAUUGAACACGAGUCAGUUCGAAACACAUGCAAGUACUGCCAAAAUCUUGAACGAAUUGCUCGAAACAUCGAAGAAGAUCCCCACCUCGUCGGAACUGGGAUCUAUUCAGUUGAGCGUGAAUGAGAUUAGAAGAAGGGCCCAUGAACUGCGGGAAAAGCAACCUGUAGAGCAGGAUCAUACAAAGGCCCACUACCUGCUCGCGGGAAGCGGAUUCGCUUUCGAAGAUGUUGAGUCGUCGUUGAAACAGCUACGUUCAAAGCAGUUGAUUGAGCAGACCAUUCCCAACAGGCAGGUGGAGGGCGAGGUGGAGACCUAUUUGCGAGUUAAGAAGGAGGAGAACAUUUUGUCAUCGAUAGAACACUUAUUGUCGUCGGCGGCGAGAGAUUUCGACAACUUUGUCAACCAAAAGUUGAACUCAGAUUGGAUUCAGAGGAAGGAUGAGGUGAGAGAGAACUUUGGAAUUCUCGUACAGAAUAAGGCCAAGUUAGGUGAUUUUAACGUGGCUCCCUUUAAUCCUGAAAUCCCCACUUGGGGAAACAGAAAAUCAAGUAUCCUCAACAGUGGUAGAACCAGUUUGAAUGUCAAUGAGAACUACAUGGUCAGGGAGAAGUUCGAAAGUUACGCUAAGGUCAUUCACAGAUUUAACAAUGCAAGACAAGCCGGCCGACCAUUUCCAUUGACGAAGGAACUUCUUGAUAUCAUGCAUACCUCGGGAGAUUCUAAAAAUCAACAACUGCUAGAAAGCUGGAAAAUCUUGGAGGAGUUGAAAGGUCAUAGAGAUGUGGUGUCAACUGCAAAGGUGCAUUUACAAACGCAGUUUUUCGAUUAUGCGGAUAAGCUCUAUCAAAAAAAUCUGAACGAGGGACUGCCCACAAAUAUUAAUAAAAUAAAGUCAUUCAUCCAGUCCAAGCUCAGAAACACAAAUGGCACGUGGAAGGUAGGAAAUUUGACCAUCGUCAACGGUGUGCCAAUUUGGGCGCUCAUAUUCUACUUGCUGAGGGCGGGUUUGAGGAACGAAGCAUUGGAGGUGGCAGUGACAAACAAGGCUAGUUUCAAAAAAGUUGAGCAGUCAUUUUUGACUUACCUAAAAGCGUACAUCUCAUCAAAAGACAAUACCCUUCCUGCUGAAUUUUCGGCCAAGCUGCAUACCGAGUAUACCCAGCAUAUUAAGAGUUCGCUAGAUGGCGACCCCUACAGACUAGCUGUCUACAAAAUCAUCGGUAGGUGUGACCUAACAAGGAAAAGCAUCCCUUCUGUAACUCUUAGCGUCGAGGAUUGGCUAUGGAUGCAUUUUACGCUGAUCAAAGAUCAAGUGUCGGACGAUGAUCCCGUUUAUGAGCAGUACACGUUGGAAGAUUUUCAGAAUAUCAUCCUUUCUUAUGGCCCAGGUAAAUUCUCGAAUCACUACCUCCAGAUUCUGAUAAUGAGUGGACUGUACGAGAAUGCGGUUCAGCACGCAUACUCUAUCAGCGAGAUUGAUGCUGUUCACAUAGCAAUUGGCUUGGCUAAUGCUAACCUACUAUCAAUCUCAAGCGAGCAAAGAGUAAACGAACUAAAGGAGAAGGAUAAGCUGAACUUCUCAUUAUCACCUGACAAUAAUCGCACUGUCGAUUUUGCUCGGCUAUUAGGUAAUUAUACCAAAUCGUUCAGAUUCUCUGAUCCCAGAAUUGCUGCCGAGUAUUUGAUUUUGAUUGCCUUGCCUGGCACUGCAGAACAAAUUGAGCUUUGUCAUGAAGCUUUGAUGGAGCUGAUCCUGGAGACGAAAGAAUUUACAAUAUUGCUCGGUAAAAUUAACAGAGACGGUACUAGGAUUCCAGGGAUAAUUGAGGAGCGACUACCGUUACUAUUUUUGAGGAAUGAGGAGGAAUUCCUACGCAAAAUUACAGAGAAUGCUGCUCGGAGAGCAGAUGAGGAUGGUAGGUUGCAUGAUUCGCUCCUUCUGUAUCAAUUGUCCGAGGAGUACGACAUCGUUAUGACAAUUGUCAAUUCAAUGUUAAGUGACCUGUUGAGUAACACCGAUUUGGAGCAACCGCUAGUAACAGAAGAUGACAACAAUGAAAUAAACCCUAUUCUAAUAGCAAAAAAGCUGCUUUCAAUUUAUAUGGAAAACCUCGAGAUAUCUAAGAAAGUCCACAGCAAAAACAAAGAGAUGUGCAUUCUUUUCUUGAAGCUGGCAGAUGCAAGGAAAACCUUUCACGCUCGUCAAUGGCAAAACGCUCUGACACAAAUUGAAGAAGUGGAUAUCUUACCAUUUUCAGAUGAGACAUCUGCGCGGAGGAAAGCCCAGGAGUUUUCUGCUUUGAAUGAGCAACUCAUUAGAAUCAUUCCCAAUCUGCUCAUCAUGACCAUGAGCUGCAUCCAUCACCUUGUCGCUGAUUUGAAUAAGAGUGACUAUCAUUCAAUCUCCAAAACGCAACAAAUAGCCGCGCUAAAGAAUGUAUCGAGAAACUGCAUGAUGUACGCUGGUAUGAUCCAGUACAAGAUGCCUAGGGAGACUUAUAGUACGCUGAUUAAACUGGAUGUCGGUAUAUGA